UUAUAGGAAGAACUACCAUCAGUCUAAAUGAUAUGGCAGAAGGUUCCAAAUUAAUUAUAGGAAACAAACAAGUAGAGAUUAUAGAUAAAGUGUCGACAGAACAAUCCGUAUUACAGAAGAGUCCUGAAGUAGAGAAACCAUUGCAAAAAAAACUUAAAACAGUUGCUACAUAUGCAUUUCAGUCACCAAAGAAAGAUGAAAAUGCUACAGCUUUUGAGAAAAAAGUAUCAACUGAAAAUUCACCUAAGGCAAAAACUAAAACCAAAUUCAACGUGAUGUUUGGCAAAGUAACUUCAAAAAAACAUAAAACAUGGGAUAGUGACGGUUUGCUGGAAAUUGUUGGGAAAAGUGCUAUUCUUAAGAAUUUGGAUGGUAAUAUCAUUGGAAGAACUACAAUUAAUCCAAGUAAUGCAGUAGAAGGAUUCAGAUUAAUUAUAGGGAACAAACAAGUAGAGAUUAUAGAGCAAGUAUCACAAGAAUUGUUUGUACCAGAGAAGAGUCUUGAGGAAACAGUAGAAGAACUAUCAAAAAACAAGUCUAAAACGUCUACACAUGCAUUUAUGCCCUUGCUUUCAUCCACAAAAGCUGCAAAACUUAGAGAACAUCAACGCCAUGGAAUUGUGUUUCUUUAUGAAUGUCUAAUGGGACUAAAAGUACCAAAUUAUUUUGGUGCAAUCUUGGCUGAUGAAAUGGGUCUUGGUAAAACCUUACAAUGUAUUGCAUUAAUUUGGACAAUGUUGAAGAAAGGCCCAUAUGGCAAACCGAUUGUGAAACGCGUAUUAAUAGUAACACCUAGUAGCUUAUGCAAAAAUUGGGAAAAAGAAUUCGUGAAAUGGUUGGGCUGUCACAGGAUAUUUCCAUAUGUUAUAGAUGGAAAAAAUAAACCUAAAGAUUUUAUGAAAUAUCCAAGAAAUUCAGUCAUGAUUAUUAGUUACGAAAUGUUCGUUAAAUGUCAUAUAGAAAUUAAUGAAAUCGCUUUUGAUUUGAUUGUGUGUGAUGAAGGUCACAGAUUAAAAAAUAGCAAUGUAAAAGCAGCAAAAAUGUUAAAUGAGAUAAGUUGUAAAAAACGAAUUAUUUUAACGGGUACACCUAUUCAGAAUGAUUUAAAAGAAUUUUAUGCACUGAUCGAUUUUGUUAAUCCUGGCAUUCUUGGUACUUCUAUUGAAUACAAGAAUUAUUACGAGGAUCCUAUUGUCGCAGCGCAAUGUUCUUCUGCUGAUGAUGAUGUUCUCAGUCUAGGAAAUGAAAGAUCUGUAGAAUUAUACAAGCGCACCAAAUCUUUUAUUUUAAGGCGUACACAAAAAACGAUAAACAAGUAUCUACCACAUAAAUAUGAAAUGGUCCUAUUUUGUUCUUUAUCCAAGAAACAAAAAGAUUUAUAUUCUCUUGUUACUGAUGUUUGGUUCAACAAAAUUUGUCUAGAAGAUAAAAGCAAUAUACAUUUGUCUAUCAUUACUGCUCUUAAAAAAAUUUGCAACCAUCCAAAUUUGUUCCUAAACGAAGAAGAGAAAGCUAUAUAUGACGUUUUGUCAAAAUCACCGUAUAUGUCGCAAAUAAAACGAGAUGAUAAUUUUACUGAGUAUUGUGGAAAAAUCACAAUUGUACAGACAUUAAUGAGAAAUUUGAAAAAGACUGAUGAGAAGUUGGUGUUAGUCUCCUAUUAUACGCAAACUCUUGAUCUUCUUGAAACUAUAUGCGACAUGGAAAGAUUAAAAUUUUUAAGAUUAGAUGGUGCUACUUCAAGCUCUGUACGAUUAAAAAUUACCGAAAAAUUUAAUAUGCAAACCGAUGAUAGCAAAGUUCUAUUGUUAAGUGCAAAAGCGGGUGGUAUUGGUUUAAAUUUACCUGGAGCAUCUAGACUUGUGUUAUUUGAUUCUGAUUGGAAUCCUGCAUCUGAUGUGCAAGCAAUGGCAAGGAUCUGGAGAGAUGGACAAAAGAGGAAUGUUUAUAUUUAUAGAUUAUUAACUACAGGUACGAUAGAAGAAAAAAUAUAUCAAAGACAAAUUAGCAAAGCCAAUUUGAGUGAGAUUGUAGUGGAUCUGAAUCAUGUUGGAUCUCUAAAAUUAUCUACUGCAGAUCUAAAGAAUUUAUUUACGUUGGCAAGUGAUACAAUUUCAUUAACACAUGAUUUAAUGAAUUGUUGUUGUUCUGGUAAGAAUGAACAUAUACUUUCCGAAGAUCCAAAAGAAAAAAAUAAUGAAACACGAGAUUGUCAAUUUAUAUUGUGUGAGAAACCAUCUCAACAAAAUUUAACUAUAAAUCAGCUUCGAGAUUGGCAGCAUUAUAAGCAACCAAUUCCAUCAGAUAUUAUGCAGGAUAUUAUGUUAACAGAAGUAAGUGAUAAUAUAACAUUCAUAUUUAAAAAU